UCACUGAAUUAGACCUGCAAGCAAAAACAACAAUAUAAACCAGCAAACACACAAGCAAGGAUUGCAGAUCAAGAAAUCCUUCAUCCAAAACCACAAUCUACAAAAACCAAAAACUAUCCUUAUUUAAAUACAAUCCCGUCCGAAAGUAGAAGGAGAGAGAUCUAUUAUCUGCAAUAGAGGAAGAAAGAUCGUCCCUGCCUAGAUGGAGUCGACGACUGCCGGAGGCAAAGAAAGGGAGAAAGGAUCAAAAACUCGGUCUGAACAAGCGACGGGAGCGAUGUAUCAAGGUAAUCAGAUCACUGAUCAAUAACCAGUUAAUCAUCAUUCAUCAACUGUGCAUCCUCACCACCAAUACCACGCAAAGCGCAGAAAAAUAGCACACAGAAGCAACUAGCCCAUCGCCACGCGGACAAAAGGGCCCCACAAACUACACAGAUAUUUUCUUGGUUAUGAUCUUCUGCGGCACUGUUCUGCGUUCUACGUAAGCCUAAGGCAUCACGGGUUAUAACUUGUGUAAAGGCAAAAACAAAACUCAGAAGGGCAAUUUGGUAAAAAGAGAGCAGGCGAAGGAAAGAAAGCUGAGACGUUUAUACACGCGAAAUCAAUGACGCUUGGAGACAUUAAACAGAAAUUUUUUCCUUCUCUCGCAUUAAUCUCCGUCGCUAUGGGAAAUGGCUUUUCCUUCCUCUCCUCCGCCUAGAGAGUGGUGUGAGUGACUGCUACUACACAUAGGGUUUUGCAGCUUUUUUACGGGGAAGGAGAGGGAGCUCAUUUCCCUACACUCCUUUACAUUUCUAACACUAAAUGCACCCACGUAAAACAAAACCCUUUCAAAUCGUACCUUCUUAUAGAAACGCUCUCGCCAUUUUUGCUUCUUCAAGCUUUCCAUUCUCUUCUUCCUUUUGCUGGUUUGUUUCCUCUUUGAAACGGUUUUUUGGGGUUCCAUUUUCGUUUUAAACCAAAAGGGUAAUCAUGACUUGGACUGAUAUGAUCACUGAGUCUACCCGGAAAACAACUCGCCCGACCCGUCCUUCCUAUGUCCCUCCACCCUUCAGAAACACCCCAUUUGGUUAUCCCACCGAGGCGAUGCACACUGGGAGUUUUUCUGGGUCUGCUUAUGGCUUCGCUCGCUCUUCGCCCAGUCAACCCGGUUCGUCUCGUCGUGGUGGAGGUCGUUCACGUGGUCGUGGCCGUGGACGUUCUCAACGGUGGUCCUCUCAUCCUGCCAACCAAAAUUUUAAUUACCAACACCAGCUGGUUGACGUAGGUGAAAAUUUUGACGAGCUAGAGAUAACAGAAGAUGGUGGUAGUAAUAAUAAUACCAAUGAGAACAGUGUUAUCAACUUUGAUGCGUAUGAGGACAUCCCCGUCGAAAUCACGGGCUCCAACAUUCCUCCACCGGUGAAUACUUUCACUGAAAUUGAUCUGGGACAGGGUUUGAAUGAGAAUAUUAUGAGGUGCAAGUAUGUGAAACCAACUCCGGUGCAGAAGCACGCCAUACCCAUUGCGGUUGCUGGGAGGGACUUGAUGGCUUGUGCACAGACUGGGUCUGGGAAAACUGCUGCCUUUUGCUUUCCCAUUAUCUCUGGGGUUUUGAGGAACCGGUUUCAUACUGCUGGGUCGGGUCGUGGUAGGUCUAGGAUGGCUUAUCCAUCUGCUCUCAUUCUGUCUCCUACCAGGGAGUUGUCUUGUCAGAUUCAUGAGGAGGCACAGAAGUUUGCUUAUAAUACUGGAGUAAAGAUUGUGGUGGCAUAUGGGGGAGCGCCCAUUGUACAGCAGUUUCGCAAUUUGGAGAAGGGCGUUGACAUCUUAGUGGCAACUCCUGGUCGCUUAGUUGAUAUGAUUGAGAGAGCACGAGUUUCUCUUGGGAUGAUAAAGUAUUUGGCCCUAGAUGAGGCUGAUCGAAUGUUGGAUAUGGGAUUUGAACCUCAGAUUCGGAAGAUUGUCCAACAAAUGGACAUGCCUCCACCAGGUGAAAGGCAGACUAUGCUUUUCAGUGCCACUUUUCCACUUGAGAUACAGAGACUUGCUUCUGAUUUUCUCUCCAAUUACAUCUUUCUCACUGUAGGAAGGGUUGGCUCAAGCACUGAUUUAAUUGCACAAAGAGUUGAACUUGUUCAAGAUAUGGACAAAAGAAGCCUUCUUAUGGAUCUUCUUCGUUCCCAAAAGGCAAAUGGAAUCCAUGGCAAGAGGCCGUUAACUCUGGUUUUUGUGGAGACAAAGAGAGGUGCAGAUGCCUUAGAGCAUUGGUUGUCCAUGAAUGGUUUCCCAGCAAUAGCAAUACAUGGUGACAAAGUGCAAUUGGAGAGAGAAAGAGCCCUGAAAUCCUUUAAGAGCGGUGCGACUCCAAUUUUGGUGGCAACUGAUGUUGCAUCACGAGGCUUGGACAUUCCUCACGUGUCUCAUGUAAUCAAUUUUGAUCUGCCAAAAGACAUAGAUGAUUAUGUUCACAGAAUAGGCCGAACAGGACGAGCCGGUAAAUCUGGACAGGCAACUGCAUUUUUCUGUGACAAGAACAUCCCACUUGCGAAGGCACUUGUUGAACUAAUGAAGGAAGCAAAUCAGGAGGUACCUUCUUGGCUUAGCCAGUAUGCUGAACAUUCAUCUCAUGGAGCUGGCAGUAGGACCAAACGAUAUGGUGGUGGCAGGUUUGGUGGCUAUGACUUGCGUGGUCCUUAUGGUGGUGCUGAUACCGGUUUGGAUUCUUAUGCUGCUUCCAGUGCAUAUGGCAAUGCUGUUUCGGCCAGUACAGGUUACCCUGCUGCCACAGAAGAUGCUGGUUAUAGUGUUGCUGCCACUGGUGAAUCUUAUUCUACUGCAUCGCAUGGAUAUGAAUUUGAUAACAAAUCAGUUAGUGCUACUGGAUGGGACUAGAAAAGGAUCUUCUGGCUCCUAUAAAUUGUCGAGUAUAUAAUCAAAUGGGACAAUGGUGAUUUUAAGAAAAGAAAAACAAUAGGCUGCCUAAUGCUAACUGAAGGUUCAAUAUAUAAAGGUGACAAAUUUUAUCCUCACAGCUUAGUUGAUUAUACUAAUUACUCAUUACUUGAAGGGUUAUUGGUAUUUUGGUGUUGGAUAUUAUUUUGUUUUGUGAGAGAUGAUUUUGAGCAGAUAUCUUUGUUAUAGCCCUCUGUAUUGCAGUCGCAUUUGUCUACACUGUAAAGCUUCUGCUAGUAUAUAUUUUGUAUUAACCUUUGAGCCUCAGCAUGGAACAUAAUAUAUAUUAAGCCAAAUAUCAGUUACGUUUUG